AUGAGACUCCUAAUCAUCCUGGUUGUGGGAAAAACUGCAUUUCCCAGAAACCCCAGCGGAUUUGAAGCGUUGCAAGUCGUCCACGCGAGGUCAACAAUGCGCCGAGCCUCAGCUGCUCUGUCGAACAAUAUUGAACUGUCGAAAGGGGCAAAGGUCAACAGCUUCUCUCUCAUGCGGACAACGGCAUGCCAGCUGUGUACCUACUAUUUCAUCAUCCUGUAAAAUGGUACGUUCCAGGUAGCUCAGCCUGUGUUCACUCAGAGGACCAAGCGGUGACGGACAGCGGCGCAGGGUUUCCUCUUUCGUUCCAGCUGGAGCAGUUUUGCUUCACGUGCUGAUCUGACAGAGCAGCAGAAAGGCAGCACUCCGCAUCCAGGGGCGACCGACAUCCAGCUGCGGCGACGGCAGCGGACGGGGAAGACGUGGACAUGAAGACCCCGCCGCCGCUGGGAGAUGGCGACGGACGCGGGGACGCGGAGACGGCCGCGGUGCCGUGUCCCGCCGAGGACCCCGGGAAACUGAAAUACUCCGUGAUAUUUCUGUGUUUCUACGGGUUCAUGGCUUCCAUAAAGCCCGGGGAGUCAUUCAUAACACCCAAUCUGCUGAGCUCAGAGAAGAACUUCACCAGAGAGCAGGUGACCAAUGAGAUCACUCCGGUGCUGACGUACUCCUACAUGGUGGUGCUGGUGCCGGCCUUCCUGCUGACCGACCUGCUGCGCUACAAGCCGGUGCUGAUCAUCCAGAGCGUGAGCCACGUGGUGAUCUGGGUGCUGAUGCUGCUGGGCACCACGCUGCUCCACAUGCAGCUGAUGGAGUUCUUCUACGGCAUCUCCAUGGCGUGCCGCGUGGCGUACUCCUCCUACAUCUUCUCCCUGGUCACCCCGGCGCUCUACCAGCGCGUGGCCGGGUACUCGCGCUCCUCCCUCCUGCUGGGCGUCUUCGUCAGCUCCGUGCUGGGCCAGCUGUGCCUGUCGCUGGGCAGCAUCAGCUACCGCACGCUGGACGCCAUCUCCCUGGGCUUCGUGAGCUUCGGGCUGGCGCUGGCGUGCUGCCUGCCCUGGCCGAAGCGCUCGCUGUUUUUCAACCGGACGAAGAGACAGGAGCCGGCGGAGAAAGCCGCCCCUUCCGAAACGGACGAGAUGAACCCCCCGCGGGCGGUUUCGUCCUCGACGGCGCGCUGGAAGGAGUCGGUCUUUGUGCAGAUGCUGCUGGAGGUCGGGAACAUGGUGAAGAGGCCCAACCUGAGGCUCUGGUCCCUGUGGUGGAUCUUCAACUCCACGGGGUAUUACCUGGUGCUCUUCUACGUCCACAUCCUGUGGAACAAAGUGGAUCCCACCUCCAACUACAACGGCGCGGUGGAGGCAGCUGCCACCUUACUGAGUGCAAUCACCUCCUUCCUGGCGGGCUUCGCUAAAAUCCGUUGGGACGUCUGGUCGGAGCUGGUCAUCGGCGGCAUCACGGCGCUGCAGGCCGUCAUGCUGCUGGUCAUGGGCACCACUGGAAACAUCUGGGUCUGUUAUUGUUGUUACAUCCUCUUCAGAGGAUUCUACCAGUUCCUGGUUCCUAUCGCCACAUUCCAGAUCGCCUCGUCUCUCACCAGGGAGCUCUGCGCUCUGGUGUUCGGCAUCAACACUUUCUUGGGGACGGUACUGAAGAGCAUCAUCAACCUGAUAUUUUCAGACAAGAAAGGCCUGGGAUUAGACGUGAAAUCUCAGUUCCACAUCUACUUCAUCUACUUCACCCUGCUGAUCGUGGCGUACGUAAUCAGCGCUGGCGUCGUCCUCGUGCGUCACUACCGGACCCGGAACCGGCGGGAGGAGGAGGCGUCGCCCGACAGGCUGCACACAGAGCUCAUGCCUGUUUCUAUAACCUCCGAAGCAAAACUGCUGUCCAACAGCCAAAGUGUCAAAGCCUAAAGGCAACAAACACCUGGGAGAAGCUGCUGAGGUGCCAGUCAUAUCACGCUGGUGAAGAUGGCCGACGCGUCGGGUGUUUUUUCUGAGCCUUAAUUAUGCAUCUCCCUUGUCUUCUGCUAUGCGAAGCCUCUUGCACUACAUUUGUGUUUCAUAAAACAGUCACAGAGCACAUCAAGUUUGAAACAUAUUACUUUUUUCCUAUCUCAGCACUCCGAUUGUACUUGUUACAAAUAUCUGUAGACAAAAUCUGAUUGUAUUGAUUUUGCUGUUUUUUUUAUUAACAAUGACAAUCAAUACAUGCUGAAAGCUAAAACAUGACCACAAACUGCUGGACUGUCUGCAGUGUUUGAUUUUAUUUGUAAUAAUCUAGUAUUAAUUUGUAUUUGAUGUAAAUUUUAUGCUUUUGUUUUGGGGGUUUUUGUAGGGCAACUCAGUUUUUAUUCCUAGAUUUUUUUUCAGAUUUAGUGCCACAAUUUAUGAAAGAAAAACUGCUGCUUUUACUUUGAAAUUCAUAGGAAUGCAGUGAUACCUAAUCCUGCUGCAGGUUAAAGGUCAGAGUGGACUUCUAAUUCCCACACAGCAGAAGUUUCACUUUGUCAUAUUCAUUUUUCUUCAGUAGGAGUCAAUUUUUGUUCAGAAUGUGAUCAGUGUGUAUUUUUUACUUUGAUAAAAACCAUCUGAGAUACAAUAGGAAAAUGAAAGGUUUUAUUUUUUAUUCAUUAAUAAAAUAAUACUAUCUA